GUGAGGUAAUAACAACUCACCGGACACGUUACUAUUUAAGCGUCGUAGGGGUUUAGCUGCUGCUUAAGAGUUUUGUACGUUACCUGCACCGGAAAGGUGACUUCUACCGUUAAUUAGAAAGCUAAAAACAGCAGACAAAGUCCAUUAUCCUAAGGACAGCAUGUGAAGAGGCUUCAUUAAUACAAUACGAUGGGCCGGUCAGCUUCAACUAGACAGUUGUAGUUAUUUUGUUUCCGUUGAUAUCUGAGAGUUUGCCUGUGACCUUAGCCCCACUUUCCACAGCAGCGGCCGGUCCCCGGUAUGUUUCCUUUAGACUCGCCGUGGAACAUCUCGUUUGCAGGUUGUGGCUUCCUCGGUAUCUACCACGUCGGUGUCGCCAGCUGUCUGCUGGAACAGGCUCCUUUUCUGGUGCAAAACGCCAGACACAUUUAUGGAGCGUCCGCUGGAGCUCUCACCGCCACCGCUCUGGUCACCGGGGUCUGUCUUGGUGAGACCGGUGCAGGUAUCAUCGAUGUUUCCAAAGAGGCAAGGAAGCGGUUCCUCGGAGCCAUGCAUCCUUCCUUUAACCUGGUGAAGCUUAUGCGUCACAUGCUGCGGCGUACUCUGCCAGCUGAGUGCCACCACGAGGCCAACGGGCGGUUAGGAAUCUCUCUCACCCGAGUGUCAGAUGGAGAAAAUGUCCUGGUGUCUCACUUCAACAACAAGGAGGAGGUGGUGCAGGCAUGCGUCUGCAGUGCCUACAUCCCAGUGUAUUGUGGCCUCAUUCCCCCCACGCUGCAAGGAGUGCGAUAUGUCGACGGAGGAAUCUCAGACAAUCUGCCUCAGUAUGAGCUGAAAAAUACCAUCACCGUGUCCCCGUUCUCCGGAGAGAGCGACAUCUGCCCCAGAGACACCUCGGCCAACAUACAUGAGCUGCGCUUCACCAACACAAGCAUCCAGUUCACUCUCACCAACCUCUACAGAGUCUCCAGGGCACUGUUCCCUCCAGACCCAAUGGUUAUGAAAACCAUGUGUAAACAGGGCUAUAAAGAUGCUCUGCACUUUUUAAAGAGGAAUGGAUUGCUUAAUUUCAACGGACCUCACAGAGAGCUGCCUCUGCUGGCUAAUGGUGAAGAAAAUGAGGAUUGCAAUGAGGAGGAGGAGGAGGAGGAGGAAGAGGAAGAGGAAGAAGAGGAGGAGGAGGAGGAGGAGGAGGAUGACGACAAAAGUGAUGAAGAGGAGGAAAAGCCACACGUGGAAGAGGGAGCAGUCAUGGUUCAUUGCAGUUCCUUAAUAGAGGAUCAUAUCUUCGAACACCUUCCACCCAUUCUGCACAAAGCUCUAGUUGAGGCCUGCAUGGAGAGGAGGAGCCUGAUGCAGUCGCUAAGCAACCUGCUUCCUGUCAGGAUGGCCUCAGCCAUGAUGCUCCCCUACACUCUCCCUGUGGAGUCUGCUUUGUCCUUGACUCUCAGACUUCUGGAGUGGCUGCCAGAUGUGCAAGAAGAUGUUGGAUGGAUUCGGGAUCAGCUGUUAAAAGUCCUACAGAAUAUUCUUCGCCAGACCUCCAAAAGCAUUUCCCAGAAUGUAUCUGCCAGGUUUUACUGGCAGCUGGAGCUGCACCAAUACCAGUCCCUCCCAUCCCACUUUAGCUCCACCAACCUGUUUCCCAACUGGGUUAAUGAAAGCAGUUCUUCAGUUAUGGACAUCUUCAUGCGUCUUGAACAGUACAAGAGGCAGCUGCUGUCUGGAGCGCUGUGCAUCAACAUGGACCUGCAAGGCUCCUUCAAAACAGGGCCGAUGUCACCAGAUAAGAGCCCUCCCUCCGCCUUGUCCCCUGAAGGCCUCACAAUGGUUGUGGUUGAUAUUCCACCUGCUGUCGACUCUGUCGAAACCAUCAGCAGCUCCUAAGAGCUUCUGGCGGGUUUCUGCUGCAGAUGCUUCAGCACUGAUGUUCAGAUGUACUUAUUCUAGACCCAGGAACAUUUUUAAAGAAUUUAAAUCAGACGU